GUUGCACAUUCCAAAAUAUUGCAGACUAAAAUGGCUCAAAUUGCAAAGAUUGAGUCGCACGCAGAGCUGAAAUCAUCUGCAGAGAAGUUCUAUGGCUUUUUCAAGAACAACAUGAGCUCUUUUGUUCAGAUGUUCCCUCAAAUCUUUAAGAACUUCGAAGUUGUGGGGGGAGGUGAGAUCAGAGCAGGCUCCGUGACUAAAUGGACAUACGACAUUGGAGAGGGUGUAAUGGCAACAAAAAUCAAAAUCCAAGCCUUAGAUGAUGGAAAUACCUCAAUUACGUUUCUUGUCCUUGAAGGACAUCUUUUGAAGGUCUAUAACAGUUUCAAGGCAAAGCUACAACUUACCAAAGCUGGUCAUGGUGGGAGCAUAGUGAAAUGGACCCUUGAAUUUGAGAAGGCAAAUGCAAAUUCACCUGAUCUAAAAAUCUAUGCAGAACAAGCCAUUAAAGUGUCCAAGGGCAUUGAUGCUUACCUUGGAAGGGCUUGAUCACACUAAUACAAGCUCAAUGACGAGGAUAUCUGGAUUUGUAAAUCAAACAAGUAUGCAUCUGGUUCUAUAUUUCUUUCUUCUCUCUGUAUUCCACCUUAUUCUCAAUUAUGACAUGGCCACUUGUCGAUCAAUUAUGCUCUUUCCUAAGUUAUGGAUGUAAUACGUACGCUCUCUGACUUGAAGAUCACUAUGUUAGAACUACACUAGUUUAAUGCUGUAAAUCUAUCUCAGAAAAAGCACAUGUAAACAAUGUUAUAUGUGUGAACUAUUUUUAAGAUUGCAGUAGUGAUUGUUAGUG